UCGGAGUCUAUUUAUUCGUCUGUCCGGGUCGACUCUGCAAAAUUGAAAUGAAAAUCAGUUGGAAGUUCCGAAUAGUUCGUUAAUGGUUCCGGGAAGAGGAGAGGAAGUAAAAAAAAGAGAGAGACCCAAAAUGUAAUUCCAAAAUCAAAGUGGAGAGAGAAAAGAAAAGCCAAAAACCACAAUCAAAACGGAAAUGAGUACAAGAGAGAGGGAACGAGAUCUAGAACUUUUGAUCCCAGUCGCUACAGUUUCUGAAAAUGGAGCUUCCAAAUCUUCCACCGGCCCCGUUGCCGCUUUAUCCAAUCAUCACUCCGGCCGCGAGGCGUUUGCUAAAGUCAUUCGCAGCUGGGCGUCCAAGAAGUUCAUGACAGGAUGUGUAAUUCUUCUACCGAUUGCUAUUACAUUCUACAUCACUUGGGGCUUCAUUCGUUUUGUUGAUGGUUUCUUCUCUCCAAUAUAUAAUCACUUAGGGAUUAAUAUUUUUGUAGAAUUUUCUGCAGGGCUUGGGUUUAUUACCUCCAUCACGUUCAUCUUUCUUGUUGGUAUUUUCAUGUCAUCUUGGUUGGGAGCUUCUGUUCUUACUAUUGGUGAAUGGUUCAUUAAGAAAAUGCCACUUGUUAGCUAUAUUUACACGGCCUCGAAACAAAUUAGUACUGCGAUUUCACCAGAUCAAACUUCACAUGCCUUCAAGGAAGUAGCAAUUAUCAGGCACCCCCGUGCUGGCGAGUAUGCUUUUGGAUUCAUCACUUCCUCUGUUGUUCUUCAGAGGAGAAUGGAAGAAGAAGAACUCUACUGUGUUUAUGUCCCUACUAAUCAUCUCUAUCUUGGAGACAUAUUUCUUAUGAGUUCCAAGGACAUCCUGAGGCCUAAUCUCUCUGUCCGAGAGGGAAUUGAUGCUCCUUGAUUUGGUGUAGAAAUUGUGAUCUCUGGAGGGCUGUCAGUGCCUCAAAUACUGACCACAGUGGAUGCAAGAGCAAUGCCAACAAAUGUGGAUGCAAGAGCAAUGCCAACAAGUGUGGAUCCAAGAGCAAUUCCAACGAGUGGAAUCGAAAAACUUUGCAAAACCAAAAGUAUGGUAUAAUGAUGAUCAGUGGGUGAAUAUAUUUCAUCCAACCAUGAAGAAAAUGGAGUGUUUUUACACAGCUUAGUCGAUUCAAAAUGGCAUCUUCAGUAAACUGUAAUGGGAACAACCUGCAAAUUGGAAGGAAACUCAAAUUCUUUAGAAACAAACAGGAAGAAAUAUUGCCAAACGUUAAUCUUUUUCCAGAUCCAUGAUUUGGUACUUCUGAGCUUUCACUUUUUGAGUAGGGGAGCAGCUUUCUCCCUUUAUUUUUGAGUUGUAUAUGUUUACCCAUGUUCAAUGACAUGGAAAUUUUGUUUUCUUCAAAACAUGUUUCUAGUUCUCCAA